UAUGUGAAUAAGAUCAUCGAAAUUGGCAUCGAUGCUUACAAAAGUAUCAAGAGUUGUGAUGCUAAAGUGGAUCCCCGCUUGGAAGCCCUCAUCAAUAGAAUAUUCCAGCGAAAUCUUGAUAAGGGUUUGGCAAUACAUCACUGUGAAGCUCUUACCAGAGUGUUACCACAGUUGUUUAUUGCUACUGUUCUUGCCGUUUUCACUUGUCUUCGGCGUAUAGUGGUGGACGAUCCGCAUCCAGCAAAGUUUUUUUGUUUGUGGCUCGUUCGUCUUUUUCACCUAGGGAUAAAGAAGAAGUAA